AAGGAAUACGCGGUAGGAAAUGGAUGGAUGGACGUUUAGCCAGUCUGUCUGUUGAUUUUCAAGUCGGAAAUUAAAGACUGCGACACUUACUUCCGGAAUAAACACUCUUAAAAACAUACGCAGCCCAACAGCAUGCUGGCACUAUAGUUGUAUUUAAACGCUAAUGUUUGUUUUUUAUUUAAAUGGGUGAUACAGGUUGGUUGGUUUCAAAAUAUAUAUAUCUCAAAUUGCUAAUAACGGACGAGAAAGCUUCCAUUGUUUUGACGACUUAGCUGCGACAAUAACGUCGUGUGCGUGAAGCAGGUUGGAUCCUUAAAAAACUAGCCCGCGUCCUAAAUCAACCUGCAGAACCCCACACGAUGAGCCGGGGCGUUUUCAUCCACAGCUGGCCCGGCUCCUACUACAUCAACUCAGACAAAAGAUGGGAGAAUGGUACGCUCUCCCUGAGCAGAACCACGCUGUGUUUCAUCUCCAGCCAAACGAAGGAAAACCUUGCCAGCUUCUCCAUCUCCAGGAUCAUGGAGAUCAAAAUGGAGUCGUCCAGCUUCAUCUUCAGCACUCUGACAGUCUUGGAAGAAGGCAACGCCAAGCACUGGUUCGGUUCCUUGAAGCCCAAUCGGGUGGUGGUUUAUAACGUACUGGAGCAUUUCUGGAGGGAACGCCUCUUGUCCCCCAGCUCACAGGCCAAGGGGCAAGCCGAAAAUCGGACCUCCAAAGGCCGGGACCUCAUCAGGCUUGUGGCUGGAGAUCAGAGGCGACUGGAGGACACUGGGAUUGUGCUGAGCCACCAAGGAGAGCAGUUUGACCACAUGAUGCAAGGCCUGGAGAAGAUUGACUCGGACCUGGGAGUGGCUGAUAAGCUCCUGUCACACCUGGAGUCUCCUUCCUGGUGGCCUUUUGGGAAACUUCCAUGGAAGAUUCAGCAGGAAGCCAAGGCCGAGGAUGCCGCAGUUGCGGCCGCCGCAGCCUACAGGGGCCCCGACAGGAGUAAGGUGAUCGCAAGCAUCCCGGCUGUCGUGUCCAAAGGCAGAGAUUGUGACUUGAAGCCUGGCUGUCUCCUGGUGCUGGUGUCCUCGCUGGAGGUGAGGAACACCAGCUGCCAGCUGCUGCACUGCUUCCAACGAAACGAAAUAGACGAAAUCCAAGUGCACAGCCCGUACGAGAUCACGGUCAGGCAGAGGUUUAUCGGGAAGCCGGAUGUUUGCUACCGACUCUUGUCUGCAAAGAUGCCGGAGGCGCUGUCUGUGCUGGAGAUGCAGUACAAGAAGAAGGUGGAGUUCACCACUGAAUACGCUGCCUUUAAGGUUUCUCCUGCUUCACCUUCGUGUGUCCCUGAGGGCUCCAUUUCCUGUGAUGGUCUGUCACACAGGUGCCAGGACACGGAUAUUCCGAUGGAGGUUGCCGCAGGAGAGCUGUCCCAGCUGCACGUGCAAGUAGUCCAGCCGACCGUCAGCCAGGCUGAAGCCCAAGAGCUCAAACAGAUGCUGAUGCAGCUGAAGAACCUGGCUCUGGAGGCAGAAACGGAACUGGAGCGGCAGGACGAGGCGCUGGACGUCCUGACCAGCUCCACGGACCGAGCCACCAUGCACAUCGAGAAGCACACCUGCCGCAUGAAGCGACUGCUGUGAGGACAGGCAACAGGCAGGGACAUGAAUACAAUUAUUUCCUCCUGGAGGUGAAAUUAUUUAUUAGGACAGGCAGGGACAUGAAUACGAUUAUUUCCUCCUUGAGGUGAAAUUAUUUAUUAGCUUUUUGUGCGACUCUUUCGCCAUUAUGGAAUACUUGGCAUCAAUGAAUUAAUACAUAAUUAAUUAAAUUAACAUGAAACAAUAUAAAGAUAGACAAUUCUUAGUGAAAUGAUAGCCCUUAUUAUUAUUAAACCCGAAUGUUGAGCAUAUAGUACAACGCGUUGCUUGGCAAAAACAAUGCUCAAAGUGCACCCACUCGUCAGAAGACAAAGUUCAUUAUUCCACUGUUGCUUUAUCGCAAAGACACGUCCAUCAUGUUGCAUGUCUGUCAAUGGACACACUACAGCAGGACACAAACACUACGCUGUGUAAUAUGAAUACUGUAAAGCAGGGGUGUCCUCACUCUUUGACUUUGGGGCCACAUUGGGAUAAAACAGUUUGGCCAGGGGCCAAAGGCAGGCUGCAAUUAAAGUAUCAAUAUGCAUACACAAAUAAAUGUUUGUGUACAUAUAGAUAUAUAUAUACUGUAUAUAUACUGCGAUGAGGUGGCGACUUGUCCAGGGUGUACUCCGCCUUCCGCCCGAUUGCAGCUGAGAUAGGCACCAGCGCCCCCCGCGACCCCAAAGGGAAUAAGCGGUAGAAAAUGGACGGAUGGAUGGAUAUAUUUAAGAUAAACACUAUAUUGCCAAAAGUAUUUGGCCACCUGCCUUGACCCACAUAUGAACUUGAAGUGCCAUCCUAUUCCUAACCCAUAGGGUUCAAUACGAUGUGGGUCCACCUUUUGCAACUAUUACAGCUUCAACUCUUCUGGGAAGGCCGUACUCAAAGUUACGGAGUGUGUUUAUAGGGAUUUUCGACCAUUCUUUUAAAAGCGCUUUGGUGAUGGCACAGACUGAUGUUGGUCGAGAAGGCCAGGAUCUCAGUCUAUUUUCUAUCGGGUUCAGGUCUGGGCUCCGUCCAGGCCAGUCAAGUUAUUUCACAGCAGAACCUGUCUUUAUGGAAGUUGCUUUGUGCACUUGUGCAUAAACUGGACCGCUCCAAACUGUUCCCACAAGUUUGGGAGCAGGGAAUUGUCCAAAAUAUUUUGGUAUCCUGGAGCAUUCAAAGUUCCUUUCACUAGAACUAAGGGGCUAAGCCCAACUCCUGGAAAACAACCCAACACCAUAAUUCAUCUAAAACCAAAUUUCAUACUCGACACAUUGCAGUCCGAAAUGUACCGUUCUCCUGGCAACCUCCAAACCCAGACUCCUCCAUCAGAUUGCCAGAUGGAAAAGCAUGAUUCAUCACUCCAUGGAAUGUGUCUCCACUGCUCUAGAUUCUAGUGGCGACGUGCUUUCCACCACUGCAUACAAUGCUUUGCAUUGGACUUGGUGAUGUAUGGCUUAGAUGCACCUGCUCAGCCAUGGAAACCUAUUCCAUGAAGCUCUCUGUGUACUGUAUGUGGGCUCAUUGGAAGGUCACAUGAAGUUUGGAGCUCUGUAGCAACUGACUGUGCAGAAAGUCGGCGACCUCUUUGCACUAUGCCCUGACCCCUCUCUGUCAGUUUAAGUGGCCUACCACUUCGUGGCUGAGUUUCUGUUGUUCCCAAUUUCUUCCAUUUUCUUAUAAUGAAGCCAACAGUUGACUUUGGAAUAUUUAAGAGCGUGAAAAUUUCACGACUGGUUUUGUUGCACAAGUGGCCUCCUAUGACGGUUCCACGCUGGAAAUCAGUGAGCUCCUGAGAGCGGCCCAAUCUUUCACAAAUGUUUGUAGAAACAGUCUCCAUGCCGAAGUGCUUGAUUGUAUACACCUGUGUUCGGGCCAAGAGAUUAGGACACCUGAUUCUCAUAAUAAUGGGUAGCCAAAUACUUUUGGCAAUACAGUUUGUAUAUAUAUAUAUAUA